AAAAUCUGCAUUCGCCACUGAUGACAGAUACUCACACCCUCACUAAUCUGAUAAAAAAAAUGCUCAAAUCUUAUUUUGGCUUAUAUGAUAUUACACUCGGACCCCCUCAACAUGACUGCAAAUGAGAGAAAUCCCAUUAAGUAAUGACUAACAAAAGUUAAUUUCCCUUUCCCUCUUGUGUACCUUGCUCCAAUAGGACUAACCUAGAAUUCAAACAAAAUUAUUUGCUCCUUGUGAUUUGUGCAGUUUUGAAAAUUAAAGAGGAAUAUCAAAUGAAGAAGUUAAAUAGCAGGUUAUGCCAUUAUCAUGAGAAAGAUGAAUGAGAAAAUCAUCACUCUGUUUUCAAAAGGCGUUUUCUGCGAUGUGUUUUUUCUCUCAGCGCAUGUUAGCUUAAUGUGCGCAUCCAUGGGGAAGAGGGCACGAAUUCCAUCUCAAAAAGCACUAGUGGCGCAAGCGUCGUCAUCAUUGGUAACUACAAAUCAAGGAAGAAAAGGAAAUCAAAACAAAUUUGAUGUGGUAGUGAACCAGUCGCCGAGGGGUAAGGAAAACACACAAUUGGAGGAACAAUUGACGGAAGAAGAGACCGAAUCACAUGUAAAAAUGCAAGAAGAAUGGGUUAAAAUGGUUCAAUCGCCAACGAGCAGUCGCAAAUUGUCUUGGGCAGAGGUAGUGGAGGCAGCAGAAGAGACAGUGGCGAAAAGGCCAAUUUGGGAUAACUUCGAUAUCGGGAAAAUCUCGAAUGCCGGUUUCAAAUUGGGAUACAUCGCUCCUGAAACUCAUGGCAUGGCUUUGUUUUCUAAAGCUGCAAUAUCUGAAGGGAUGAAUCCUUAUGUAUUUGUUACUUAUCGUCAAGCAUUUGCUGUCCUCGCGUUGGCGCCACUCGCUGCCUUCUUCGAGAGAAAGACUGUGGUUCCUUUAUCCUACAACAUCCUGUUCAAGAUCUUACUGAUGUCAUUUCUUAGCACUCUAAGUUUGAAUCUCUACUACUUCUCCAUACACUAUACAACAGCAACCUUUGCUGCAGCCACCACUAACAUAAUUCCAUCCAUAACUUUUGUUAUGGCAAUUAUCCUAAGGGUGGAGACUCUAUCAAUAAAGCAGUCACAUGGAAUGGCAAAAGUAUUGGGUUCUUCAAUUUGUGUUUCAGGAGCUUUGGUGUUUGCCUUAGUUAAAGGACCACAUUUAAACUUCAUGAAUUGGUCUAUGGGGAACACAAAGGGAACUCAUAGCUCAAAUUUUCAUUAUACUUUGAAGGAAGAAUGGAUAAAAGGUUCACUAGUCAUGCUUUUAGCUAACAUAACAUGGUCUCUGUGGCUCAUUUUACAUGUCCCUAUUAUAAAACAAUAUUCGGCAAAGCUACGUCUUGCCACCCUAUACUGCUUGUUUAGCUGCAUACAAUCAUCAGUUUGGGCAAUGGCAAUGGAAAGGAACAUAUCAGCAUGGAAGCUCAAGUGGGACAUCAAUCUUUUUUCUGUGGCUUACUGUGGUGUGAUUGUUACAGGGAUAACAUACUGGUUACAGCUUUGGGCAGUAGAGAAGAAAGGACCAGUAUUCACAGCCAUGUUCACUCCAUUAUCACUUAUCAUAACUGCUAUAGUGUCAGCAUUUUUGUGGAAGGAAACACUUUAUAUGGGAAGUGUUUGUGGAGGAAUAUUGCUAGUUGGUGGACUCUACUUGGUCCUAUGGGGAAAGAAUAGAGAAGCAGAGAGGAAAGUAAAUAAGGAUCAAAUACUGGAAACCAAGGAAGGAACCACAGUGGAAUGCAUUACAUUGCAUUCUACAUCAGUAAUUUGAUAGGACAGUAUUAGGUUUUUACACUUAUUUUCCUAAAAGCAUGUCAGCUAACAAGCAUGGACUGUCCAAUAUUACCUAGCAAAUAGAUUUGGUUCUUAUACAAAGUUUCAGUGAU